AUGACUGAACAAGUAGAAUGGCCCGCUAACAAGGUGCGCAGCGCCUUUAUCAGCUACUUUGAGAAGAAUUCCCACGUAUUCUACCCAUCGUCAUCCACUGUUCCCCAUGACGAUCCCACUCUUUUGUUCGCCAAUGCAGGCAUGAACCAGUACAAGUCUGUAUUCUUGGGUACCGUGGAUCCUAACUCCCCUUUGGCAACCAUCCGUCGUGCCGUAAACUCUCAAAAGUGUAUUCGUGCCGGUGGCAAGCACAACGAUUUGGAUGAUGUUGGAAAGGACACAUACCAUCACACUUUCUUUGAGAUGUUGGGUAACUGGUCUUUCGGUGACUACUUCAAGAAAGAGGCAAUCCGUCUGGGAUGGGAGUUCUUGACCAAAGAACUCGGUCUUCCCAAGGAGCGUUUGUAUGUUACCUACUUUGGUGGUGAUGCCAAACAAGGACUGGAGCCCGAUCUGGAAGCCAAACAAAUGUGGCUUGAUAUUGGUGUAGAUGAAGAGCGUUUGUUGCCCGGAAGUGCAAAGGACAACUUCUGGGAGAUGGGAGAGACCGGUCCCUGCGGUCCCUGCUCUGAGAUUCAUUACGAUCGUAUUGGUGGACGUAAUGCUUCCUCUCUUGUAAACGAAGAUGAUCCCAAUGUCCUCGAAAUCUGGAACUUGGUGUUCAUUCAAUUCAACCGUGAGAACGACGGAUCCCUCCGCCUUUUGCCUAACAAGCAUAUUGAUACUGGCAUGGGUCUUGAGCGUCUUGUCUCCAUUAUGCAGAACAAAUACUCCAACUACGAUACCAAUAUCUUUAUGCCUAUCUUCGCCAAGAUCCAGGAGCUUACUGGCGCUAGAACUUACAGCGGUAAACUCGGAGCUGAGGAUGUUGAUGGCAUUGAUACUGCUUACCGUGUUAUUGCUGAUCACAUCAGAACCUUGACUUUUGCUAUCACUGACGGCGGCGUUCCCAGUAACGAGGGCCGUGGUUACGUUCUCAGACGUAUCCUCAGACGUGGUGCCAGAUACGUACGCAAGUACUUCAAUGUUCCUAUUGGUACUUUCUUCUCCUCCCUUGUGGAUACUUUGGUGGCUGAGAUGUCCUCUGCCUUCCCCGAGCUUACCACAAAGGUAACCGAGGUCAAGGAGAUUCUUGACGAGGAAGAAGUCGCCUUUGCCAAGACUUUGGAUCGCGGAGAGAAGUUGUUCGAGAACUAUCUUGCAAAGACCAAGGCCACUGGUUCCAAGACAUUGCCCGGUGCUGACGUCUGGCGGUUGUACGAUACCUACGGUUUCCCUGUCGAUUUGACCCGUAUUAUGGCUGAAGAAAAUGGCAUGACUGUCGACGAGAAGGAAUUCGAGAUUGCACAGGAGACUGCUAAGAAUCUCUCCCGUAAGGUCAAGGGUGGAAAUGAUGGUGACGAUGUUGUUGCUUUGGAUGUCCACGACAUUGCUGCUUUGGAUGCUAACAACGCUGUUCCCAAGACCGAUGAUUCCUACAAGUACUCUGACAGCAUUAUCCAGGCCCGCGUCAAGGCCAUAUUUUACAAGCGCGCAUUCUAUCCCGAUAGCUCUGCUGUCCCCGAAGGUCGCAACUUUGGUAUCUUGACCGAUAAAACCAACUUCUACGCCGAAUCUGGUGGACAGGAGUACGAUACCGGUAGCAUCAUCUCUCUUGAUGGCGAGACCGAAUUCGUAGUUGAGGACUGCCAGGUGUAUGGUGGUUACGUCUUACAUGUUGGACACCUCAAGUACGGUAAAUUGAGCCUCGACACCGAAGUUGAGGUUUCUUAUGACGAGACUCGUCGCCACACCUUGAGAAACUACCACACAUCUACUCACAUCCUUAACUUUGCUCUCCGCGAAGUUUUGGGCGGUGAGAUUGACCAGAAGGGCUCUCUUGUCUCUCAAGAGAAGUUGCGCUUCGAUUUCUCUUUCAAGUCUGCCUUGACUACCAAGCAGCUCGCUGAGAUCGAGAAGAUGUGCUCUUCUUUCAUUACAAAGAACACCAAAGUUUACUCUCGUGAAGUUCCUUUGCCUGUGGCCAAGGCCAUUCAUGGUUUGAGAGCUGUAUUUGGUGAAACAUACCCUGACCCCGUCCGUGUUGUAUCCAUCGGAUUUGAUGUCGAAGAUAUUACAAAGGAUGUUGCCAACCCCAAGUGGAAGACAACCAGUAUCGAAUUCUGCGGUGGUACUCACGUUGUCAAGACCGGCGACAUCAAGAGCUUUGCCAUCCUCGAAGAGUCUGGUAUUGCCAAGGGUAUUCGUCGUAUUGUUGCAUUGACCGGUGACGAGGCACUUGCUGCUGAUCGUGCUGCCAAGGAGUUUGUUACCAAGCUUGAUAAGCUUGAGAAGCUAUCAGGUGCUGAUUUGGAUGCCGCUCUCAAGGUUGUGUCCAAGGAGCUUGAUGCUCUUACAAUCUCUGCUGUUACCAAGGCCGAGUACCGCGAACGUUUCAACAAAACCAAGAAGACAUUCGAUGAUUCUGAGAAGGCACGCAAGGCUGAACAGGUCAAGGAGGCUACUGAGGCCGUCAAGGCAUAUUUCGUCAGCAACCCCAAGGCUACCUACCUCGUCACUUCCUUGAAUGUUGGUAACAACAGCAAGGCAUUGGCUGGUGCCAUCAACUAUGCCAAGGCCAGCUUGAAGGAUAAGGCUGUAUAUGUCCUUAGUGCCGAUAAGGACAGUGGACGUGUUGCCCACAACUGUAUUGUCGGUAAAGACUUGAUCGCAAAGGGUCUUAAGGCCUCUGACUGGGCCGGUGUUGUAUCCGAGAAGGUCGGUGGUAAGAAGGGUGGUAAGGAAGACUCUGCCCAAGGUUCUGGCGACAAGAUCGAUGGUAUGGCAGACGCUCUUAAGGCUGCCGAAGAAUUUGCCAAGUUAAAGAUUGGUGCUUAAAUAUGUUAUCAGUAAUUACAAUAAAUAAAUAAUAAUAAAUAUCUGUGUAAUAAUUUUUUUUUUAAAAAAAAAAAGAAGCCAAAUCUGUAUAUACCAUG